GUUCAACAUGACAUUUGUUCGUGUGUGGGUUUAGUUUGUAGCAGUACUGUGAUGCUGUUGAAAUAGAAAUGUGAUAAAAAUAAAGCAUAAUCUCAAAAAGUAUAUAAUCGUUUAUAAUUAAGAGCUGCUCGCAAAGAUAUUUUCUCCUAUAACCAAGUUUAUGUCAUCAUAUUAGAAUGAGUGUUAUAUUCCUUAAAAUUAAUGUGUAAAAGCGUAACCUUGAUUUUGACAAUUCAUGGCUAUUCGCAUUAAAUGAAAUUAAAUAUAAUGCAUUAUUCAUAAAUCAUCUGAGAGAAAUAACACAUGUUAUAAUGAAACAAAUCUGCUGUGUUAAAAGCUUUAAAAAAUACAUAGAUUUUAAUUCUACAAUUUUAGUGGUUAACCUGUUAAUAAAUAAAAAUAUUAGUUUAUGAUUGGAAACAUUAAAAACUGUAUGUUUUUUUUAAAAAUUGAGUGGGUACAAAGACAAAAAGCUCACUGAAAAUGGAUAUAGCAAAUUGUGAAAUAGGAGAAAAUACAAAAAUGGCUAGAGAAAUGACUUUAUUAGGUAACUAUGAGUCAGCUGAAAUUUAUUAUCAGGCUGUUAUGCAAAUAUUUUGUUUUGUACAAAAGCAAAUUAAUGAUGAGAAUCUGCAAUUAAAACGAGUACAAAUACCAUUGAAUAAGUUUAAAAUUAACCCACAUAAUGAAAGAGCAAUUCGUGUACGUAAUCCUAUUUUGGAAGAACCAAGUAAAUUCAAUGCAAUCAAUGACCCUGAUGUUUGGCCACCUCCUCCAGAUGCAGACUUAGAUGUUUGGCCUGCGCCUAUAAAUGCUGAGCACAAACCAGGUAGGCCUGUAAAACCAAACUUCAAGAAACCUUUGCCUAAUCGUAAAGGGCCUGUAAACUCUAAAAAUGUUGCAACAAAUGGAAAAAAAGUUGCUAGCAAGCCAGGAACUACUCGUCUAUCGACAGCAAAUUCUAAAGAUAAGGAUGGUAAAAAGGACACAAAAGAAAAAGAAAAAGGUGAUAAAGAUAAGGAUGAAAAAGAAAGCAAAGAAGAACCUGAAAAGAAAUUUGAGCCAUCAUGUGUGCUUGAAGCAGAUUUAGUGGAUAUGUUAGAGAGAGAUAUAGUCCAGAAAAAUCCAAAUAUACACUGGGAUGAUAUAGCCGAUUUACAUGAAGCUAAGAGAUUAUUAGAAGAAGCUGUAGUGUUACCAAUGUGGAUGCCGGAUUUCUUUAAGGGAAUUAGAAGGCCUUGGAAAGGUGUUUUAAUGGUGGGUCCACCUGGAACUGGUAAAACGAUGUUAGCAAAAGCUGUAGCUACUGAAUGCGGCACUACAUUUUUUAAUGUGUCUUCAUCUACAUUGACAUCUAAAUAUCGUGGAGAAUCAGAAAAAAUAGUUAGACUUCUUUUUGAAAUGGCUCGAUUCUAUGCUCCCAGCACUAUUUUUAUAGAUGAAAUUGAUUCACUUUGCUCAAGAAGAGGAUCAGAGUCUGAGCAUGAAGCAUCAAGAAGAGUUAAAAGUGAACUACUUGUUCAAAUGGAUGGAAUUAGUUCUAACUCAGAAGAGGCUAGCAAGGUUGUUAUGGUUCUGGCAGCCACAAAUUUUCCUUGGGACAUUGAUGAGGCUAUGCGCAGACGAUUGGAGAAACGGAUUUAUAUUCCACUUCCAAAUGAUGAAGGACGAGAAGCAUUACUCAAGAUAAAUUUAAGGGAGGUGCAAGUUGAUCCCAGCGUAGAUUUAAGUGACAUAUCAAGACGUCUUAAAGGUUAUUCAGGAGCAGAUAUCACUAAUGUGUGCAGAGAUGCAAGUAUGAUGUCAAUGCGCAGGAAGAUCUCGGGUCUUCGUCCUGAACAAAUAAGACAAUUGCCAAAAGAAGAAUUGGAUUUACCUGUUUCUACCCAAGACUUUUUGGAAGCUGUAAAUAAAUGUAACAAGAGUGUUUCUAAAGAUGAUCUUAAGAAGUAUGAGGAAUGGAUGAGCAAGUUUGGAUCAUCUUGAUGAAUAUUAAAUAAUUUGAGAAUAUUAAAAUUGCUAUCAUUUGAGUGCUAUAUACUUUGUUACAAAUUUUGUGCUUUAAUUUAACAAUCCC